UUAUUGUUGCCUAUAUAAUAUAUGUAGUUUAUGUAGUUUAUUUCUCAUUGUUUGUAGUUUCUAUUUACUUAUUUUAUAAACUUUACACUUAUGUGGUUUUGCACUGCCCAAUAACUUUAUUUCUAGCCACUGAAUCGCUAUCUGAAGGUUGUCUGAAAGAGAUCGCUUUUUAGCGGUAAGUCCGCCUGUUGAUACCUACUUACUUAUGUCCUUUUUUUUUGUUUGUAACAUGUAUGUUUCUUUGUAGUGCACAAUAAAGUAUUUUAUUAUUAUUAUUAUUAUUCAUGUGUAGAUGUUUGUGGGCCCCUUCAGGGCACGUUUGGACCCGUUAGAUACCCUCUUUUGCGGAUCUCGACAAUUAUAAACCGUUUUGGGGAUUUUAUUGAGUUUGGUUUCAAUGCAUAAGUAAUGGAGUCGAUAUUAGGAAUAUGUUUAUUAUAAUGUUUUUUUUUUCGUGGAUUGUAUUAAAUGCUUUUACAGUACAUAUGGUGCUAAUUUUCUCAACUCGUGUCGAUUUAAAACACUCCCUUCGGUCGUCUUUUAAUUUAUCGCCACUCGUUACGAAUUUCCUAUUUUUCGCACUUGUAUCGUAAAUAACUAUUUCAGUAGGCUCACAUGGUGCUACUUUAGCACACUAGUUCGGUAAUUAGCAUUUUACGUGGAAAUGUAGAACGUUGUACGAUACACGUGCGAAUAGGUAAUUCGGUUGAUUUAAAACACUCCCUUUGGUCGUAUUUUAAUUUAUCACCACUCGUGAUUUUCCUACUUAUUGCACUUGUAUCGUAAUGUAAUAUUAUCUUGUCUUGGCGUAUUAUGGAUAGUGUCUUUUUAUUUUAUCUGUGAACAAGGAUGGUAAAAUAUCAUGUUUUUAAUAUUACUCAUUGAGUUUAGAUAUGUAGUAUACCUUAUUCCAAAUACGAAUGAAACUAACGAUUCAAACCCAUUUUACUACAACAAACAAACUAUUGACACAAAAAAUUGGAUACCUAAUGACUUUUGACAAUAUCAACGGUUACGCAACGAACCAUAUCUAAAAAUGGCUAUUUUUUGAUAACCUUUAGAUAACAUGAGGACUCAUAAUAAUCACCACAAAUCUAGUAGCAUAAUACGCAGAUACACACAUGAUACGAGGCGAAUACAUAUAAAUCAGUAAUCGCGGAUAUAAUCGCAGAUAAGAUUGUUUCGUGGGGGUACUGCAAGGGUCUGUCCUCGGGCCUCAGUUGUUAAUCAACAUGGGGAAAGUGCUGAAGAUUUCGGCGAUCACAGUUGCGGUUAUAGCGGUGUUGGGGUGGAUUGCAGUUGGCAUCACCUGGGGCGUCCUGUCUUCCCAAGGCCCUGAACCCCCAGAGCUGAAGCCCUUGGACUGGUGGGAGCACUGCGUGCUAUAUCAGAUUUACCCGAGAUCCUUUAAAGAUAGCGAUGGAGACGGCAUCGGUGAUUUACAGGGUAUCAUCAGUGAGCUAGAACAUUUCCCCGAUGCCGGUAUCGACGCAAUCUGGAUGUCGCCAAUCUUCGAAUCACCGAUGAUCGACUUCGGGUACGACAUCAGCAACUUCUACAAAAUCCAUCAUGAGUACGGGACCAUGGAGGACUUUAGAGAGCUUUUGCAGAAGGCACAUAGUUUGGGCAUCAAAGUUCUGCUAGACUUCGUGCCAAACCACGCCAGCACCUACUCGGACUAUUUCAUAGAGUCAGAAGCUGGUAACCCUGAGUUCGCAGACUACUUUGUCUGGGCUGACGGGUACCCUGAUCCUGAGAAUGAGAGCAAUAUCUUGCCUCCUUCCAACUGGGUUAGUCAAUUCGGUGGCUCUGCGUGGCAAUGGAGCAGCACUCGCCAGCAGUUCUACCUCCAUCAGUUCGCGGUGGAGCAGGCAGACUUCAACUUCCGACAUCAGCCUGUGAAGGACGAGAUGAUCAAUAUCAUGCGGUUCUGGCUUGAUGAGGGUGUUGAUGGAUUCAGAGUGGAUGCCCUUCCUUACAUGAUCGAGGCAGAUCCAGCAGACCACAAUGGCAGAUACCCCGAUGAUCCCCUCAGCGGGCUAAUACAGUUCGAGUCCCACCAGCUUGGGUACACUAUCCCUCUCUACACCAAGGAUCUUAUAGAGCUGUACGAUGUCGUGUACGAGUGGAGAGAGUUCACUGAUCAGUAUCAGGCUGAGCAUGGAGGUGAUACUCGUGUCCUCUUCUCCGAAGGCUACGCGAACAUCAGCAUGACGAUGUUGUACUACGGCAACGAGGAUGGCGAGACCGGAGCGCACUUCCCCUUCAACUUCGACUUCAUCACAGACGUGUCGUCCGAGUCCAGUGCGAGGGACUUCGUUUACGUCAUCUUGAAGUGGCUGUCGUAUAUGCCGUUUGGAGCGGUGCCGAAUUGGGUGUUUGGCAACCACGACAACAACCGCAUGCCGACUCGCUUCAACGAGUCCAUGGUCGACGGUCUGAAUGCUCUGAACAUGCUGCUGCCUGGUGUAGCAGUCACGUACCAGGGGGAGGAGAUCGGCAUGAGGGACGGAUACGUGUCCUGGGAGGAUACUGUGGAUGUGGAGGCGUGUAAUAGGGGCGAUGAGGACACUUAUCAUCUAUAUUCUAGAGAUCCAGCAAGAACGCCAUUCCAUUGGGACAACACCACCAACGCUGGGUUCUCCAGCAGCGAGUACACCUGGCUCCCAGUCGCUGAUGACUACAUGGAGAUUAAUCUGGCGAAGCAGAAGGAGGAUACUAGAAGCCACUAUAAGGUGUACCAAAAGCUGACAGCCCUUCGCAAGCACACAACACUCUCCCACGGAGAAUACGAUAUCAGGGCGUUCUCCGACAGUUCCUUCUAUCUAGUCAGAAGCCUACGUACUUAUGAUACCCUGGUUCUUCUCUUCAAUGUGGCACAAACUGCUGAAACAGUGGACUUGUCCAGGGUACCGCAUCUGUCGCUGCCAGCGACCGUGUAUGUGGCAAGCAUACAUUCUAGCCGAGAUGCUGGAGACAUAAUAGACAGAGAAGAACUAUCUCUUCAACGAGGAGAAGCAUUGGUUUUACAAGCAGCUCCGAUAUAAUUUAGCAAAUCUUUCUCAUUUGUUUUAAUUGAUUUGUAUUUAUUGAUAGGUAAUUCUUAAUUAUAACGAUAAGUUCGCCUUUGUACAUUGCAAACAUCAUUAUUUUUUCCUUUUAUUGUAUCUUUACCUGUACCUUAUGUACAAUAAAGUGUUUACAUACAUACCUGCUGCUUCAUGGGCAGGUUCACUACCGACUAGACUAGGAGGCAGUUUCACCUUAAGCCCUUAUAUACCUAAGCCAUUAUGUUUAAUAAUAUCAUAGGUACCUAAUAAUAAUACUAAUGUUUACACUGAAACAUAUUACAUUUUAUGCCAUAUACCCCGAUGUUAUUUUAGAAAAUAAAAGUUAGUUGGUAAUAAAAGAAUUAAGAAUAAUUAAGGAAAUCAUAAGAACGGUCUCAUAGCGAAGAGUCUCGACCAACACCUUGAGAGACUCUCACUAGGUGGUUGGAUCAAGGGUCAGAUGCAGAAGGCCGUGAUCUUGGAUACGGUGUAACAUGGCAAACCUGCAUGGUGCAGUCACCGCGCGCACUGGCCGGUAAUAAAAAAAUAUGCCCUUCACGCUCGUCUUUUCUUUUCUUCGGGUGAAAUUUUCUCGACAAUUUGAAUGCGAAUCGCACGACUCAAAUUACAUUUUUCUAAUAUUAUUCAAGCUUAAACGCUGUAUUAUUAUAUAAAACAGAUUUCUUAACGGG